GCGGCGCCGGGCACGGUGCUGGCCGCGGCGUUGGCGGCGACGCUGGCCGCGGCCCCGCUCCCCACGCGCCUGGCGGCGCCGUGCUCCCUGGGGCGCGUGGAAGGCGAGGGCGGCGGCGUGCCGCUGGCCGAGGCGGGGCGCCGCCGGGUCGCGGACGCCAAGCGCCGCGCGGACCACGCCGUCGAGCGUGCCGAGGUCGAGGGCGACGCCCAGGUGGCGGCGGCCAAGAGGCAGCUCAAGGCCGCCAAGGGCAAGGACAGGGGCCCGGCGGCGGCCCGCCUGACGGAGGCGCAGGAGGCGGCGCGGCGCCGGGUGGUGGAGGCGCGGCGGCGCGCGGCGGCGGAGGUGCGGGCCUCGAAGGCGGACCUGAAGGCGGCCCUGAAGGGCGGCGCACGAAGCAACGAGGAG